AUGAGCUCUCGUCUGAAGAGUCUAGGCUUCGGUUCCAAACGAAAGAGCGCGGCCAAUAUCCAGACCAACACUGUCAAUCCCUCCAACGCCUCCACAUCGACCACCGCCAGUACCCCUCCACCGCCAAAUUCCUCGCAGACCAGCCUCCCUAUGAACUCCCAGGGACUGGGCCGCCCUCCAAGCUAUUCAUACAAUACUGCCGCUGGUCGUCCCCAGAGUCCUAUGCCCCCUGGCCAACAACAGACAAUGGCCCACCACCCUGCCCCGAUCGACACCAGACAAAGCUACAUGAACCAACACCCGCAGCAGCAGAUGGGACCCCCACAACCGCCUGGAUAUGGCGGUGCGUACAAUCAGAUGCAGCAGCAGCAACAAGGUAUGCAAUACAUGAAUACACAGCAUGCUGGUGGCCGUCCGGCUGAAGUCGCAGGCGAUUCCAAUCGCAGCAAGGCGCAACUAAUCGUCGGCAUCGACUUUGGAACGACGUUCUCCGGCGUCGCCUUUGCCUUCGCAACCAACACCGAAGCAAAAGAAGACAUCAUCACAGAAUGGCCCGGCGCAGGCAACCAGACCAAGCAGAAGAUCCCCACCGUGCUUUACUACGAUCAGUACCAGAAAGUCGUUGGCUGGGGCCCUGAUAUCGCAGAUGCUCUUGCGCCCACCGGCUAUCCCAAGCCAGGAGUACAGAAGGUGGAAUGGUUCAAGCUACAGCUCAUGCUGUCAGGCAACACAUAUAUCGACCCCAUCAACCUCCCACCUCUCCCUCCCGGAAAGUCCGAAAUCGAUGUCGCGGCCGACUACCUGUUCAAACUACGGCAAGCCAUGCGCGUACAACUACAGAAAACACUGGGUGAAGUCUUCAAUCGUGAGGAACGCAACAUCAGGUACUACCUGACAGUGCCUGCCAUCUGGAAUGACGCCGGCAAAGCUGCCACAAGAGCGGCUGCCAUUCAGGCUGGCUUCAUCCGUGACGAGAACGACAACCGCCUGACCCUGAUCACAGAACCCGAAGCUGCUGCCAUGUUCUGCUCCAAGACCGGCUUGCUGAAUAUGAAAGUCCACGAUGCGGUCCUUAUUGUUGAUUGCGGUGGUGGUACCGUUGAUCUGAUCGCAUACGAGGUCGAGGAAGAGACGCCGUUCACAGUCGCCGAAUGCACAGCUGGUUCCGGCGACUCAUGUGGCUCGACUGCUCUGAACCGAAACUUCUCAAAUAUUCUUCGCGCCAAAAUCCGAAAGAUGAAGCUGCCGGACGGCUCAAAAACCGCCGGGCGUGUGUACGCCAAGUGCAUCAUGGACUUUGAGAACCGAAUAAAGGCUGACUUCCGUAACAAUGGUCAAAAAUGGGCCGUCGACGUUGGUAUCGAAGCAGAGUUCCCCGAGGCCGGCAUUGAAGAAGGAUACAUGACGUUCACUAACGAGGAGAUCCUGCAAUGCUUCGAGCCAGUCGUCAAUCGCAUUCUCGAACUCGUCCGGAACCAGAUUAUCGCCAUCCAGGCGCAGAAUCGAUCACUACAGCACGUACUCGUGGUCGGAGGCUUCGGUGCUUCUGAAUACCUCUUCCAACAAAUCAAGCUACAUGUGCCGCCUCAAUUCCAGUCGAAGGUUGUCCGACCCAUGGACUCAGUGUCUGCCAUCGUCAAAGGCGCUGUCACAGCCGGUAUCACAGAAAAGGUCGUCACAUCGCGUGUUGCUCGACGGCACUAUCUCAUGGCGACAUUACAGCCUUUCAAGGAGGGUCAUCAUCCUGAGCAAUAUCGCGUGCCAAGUUUGGACGGCAAGGAUCGCUGCAAAUACACUCGACAGAUCUUCGUACAGAAGGGUGAGAGAGUCAAGGUUGGCGAGCCGGUCAAGGUCUCUUUCUUCCGACAGGUUGCACCAGGUGCGACGUUGAUGUAUGAGGAUAUCUUAUAUGCUUGUGAUGAGGAUGUGUGCCCCGAAUACACAAAAGAUCCUCGAAUCAAGGAAGUCGUCACCCUCACAUCAGAUCUCUCCCGCAAGAACCUCGAGAAGGAUUUUGAGCGCAUGGACACUCCGCAGGGCACCUUCUACCGUGUCUACUUCGACAUUUAUCUCACUCUGGACGGUUCGGAGUUCAAUGCUGAGCUCGUAUGUCAAGGCGAAGUAAUGGGCCGCUGUACCGCUCGAUUCAGAUAA